GCUUAACCUGGAGGAGAGCCGCUGGCUGCUAAGUUUUUCGGCGCGUACGCCGCACCCCGACGUUGUCGCUGCCUUGGGGUACUUUGUACGGUCUCUGGAGGAGAGUGACCGGCCGUGGCCUGAGUUUCGCUGCGAACCGCUGGGCUGCCGCUUUGUCAAGGGCAGCCCUGGGUGCGCCGGUCUAGACAGCCACUACGUCGCUGCCCUAGUGGACCGCCGGGCGCGCCCAGCCGGAGCGUCGUAGAGGACAGCCGCCGGGCGCAAGCCGCGACGUAGAGGGCGGCUGCAAGCGACGUAGAACACCAUGGGCGGACCGCCGCGCGGCCCGCCACCCCGCGGGCCGCCCCCGAGGGGUCCGCCGCCUCGCGGACCUCCUCCGAGGGGCGCGCCACCGCAAAGACCAGUGUAGAAAAAAAAAAUCCCGUAUCUUCGUGCUGAAUCGUCGCGUCGACCUCCGGACUUCGUGAUUACUGGUUGAUUUCCACAGGCGAGGACCGCCUCCCCGAGGUCCAGGUGGCAAGGGCCGCGGCCCGCCGCCGCGAGGCCCUCCGCCGAGAGGUCCGCCGCCCGGCGCGCCGAGAGGCGCACCGCCCCGCGGGCCGCCGCCUAGAGGUGUACCAAGAGGUCCGCCACCGCACAGCGCUGUGUAGAAAUCAGAUUUUGCGGCUUCUCCACGCCAUGGACGCGACACCCGACUCACUGGUUGAUUUCCCCACAGGCGCGGCGCGCCACCGCGAGGUCCGCCGCCCGGAGCGCCGCGCGGAGCGCCUCCGAGGGGUGCCCCGCCUCGCGGACCUCCUCCGAGGGGUCCGCCGCCGCGAGGACCGCCUCCGCCGCCGCAAUCGGGCGGCGGGGCUCCGCAGGUCCCGGGCGCGCCCGAUUUGCCCAAAUUUGGCCAGCUCCAGGUGCUGACUCGGCGUGAAAAAUGAACUUGAACUUGACGUGGUCGCAUCGACGUCGUCGACGCAGCCGCACGAGAGUCUACGCGUCUCGUGAGGGAGCCGCGGCAGUUUCGUGACAGUGUCGUUCCCGCGCACAGGUCCACGUCGUGCGAGGCUCCUCAUUAAAGGCCGGCCAGUCCAUGUACGGCCGCGCGGACCCCUACGCCAAGCUCACGCUGGGCAAUCAAGUGUUUGCGACGAACCCGCACGCGAACGGCGGGAAGGACCCCGUUUGGAAUGCCGACCACACGUUCGAGAUCUCGACGGAAAAAGAACUCCUCUUAGAAGUCUUCGACAAGGAGCAGGUGGGCAACGACAAGUUCAUGGGCCACGCCCGCGUUUCCAUAGUAGAUUGGAUCGCGGCCGGUACCUUUACCGGAGAUGUGGACGUCACGGAUAUGUCCGACCGACCCGUCGGUAAGGUCAACCUCAAAGCGACGUUCUUCCGACCGGGCGAGGGCGGAGAAUUGGUGGCGCAAGGCGCGACGAAAGAGUCUACAGAUUUAGUUCAAAUGAGCAACGAAGCCGGAGCCGCGAAAGAUGUCGGAGCGGCCCAGGCCGGACCGGCGCGCGACCCGAACGGCAAGUUCACGGACGAGGAGAUCUGGGAGGCGUUUACCGCGUUCGACCUCGACAAAAACAACUUCGUCGGGGCCGCGGAAAUUAGGCACGUGCUCAUUAAUAUAGGAGAACAAGUGACAGAUGAAGAAGUGGACGAGAUGAUUCGGAUGAUCGACUCGGAUGGCGACGGGCAGGUCAGUUUUACGGAGUUCUUCGAGAUGGUCACUGGCGGCCGCCAGCCGCCCGCCGGACUUGGUGGCGGUGGCCGCAUGGGCGCGCCCGGCGCUUCCGCAUCGGCGGCACCACCAACAGGACAAAGUGUGGUGGCUGCGCGCAACGCCAAGAAGGCGGCAUUGGACGAAUUCGCGCGCGACAACAACCUGAAGCCCGAGAGUAUCAAAAAGGCCUACAAGCGCUUCCAGGCCACGGAUAAAGAUAAGAGCGGCAUGAUCGACUACACGGAGUUCUGCGAGGUGCUGCAGUGCGACCCGUCGCCGCAGGGCGAGCGGCUGUUCCAAUUGUUCGACUACGAGAAAUCGGGGCAGAUCGACGUCCGCGAGUUCAUGAUCGCGCUGUCGAACUUCACGGGCGCGGGCAAGGACGACAAGCUCAAGUUCGCCUUCAUGAUCUUCGUUUGACUCCAGCGUCCUUGAUUCUUCGCGUCGACGUCGUCCGCCGUCACGCAAUCGCCCCGCGCAGGACGAAGACGGAAACGGCGUCAUCACGAAGGGCGAACUGACGCGCAUCCUGCGGGCGAACCACAUGGCGUCGUGCGACGCCGAGGUCGCGCGCAAGGCGGACACGAUCAUGCAGCAGGCCGAUAAAGACGGCGACGGCGUCGUGACCUUCGACGAGUUCGUCAUCGUGAGCAAGAAGUUCCCGAACAUCCUGUUCCCGGCCUACAGCUCGUCUAAGUAGCGGGGUUUGCUUAUAGUUAGUACA